CAGACCGCCAUCUCGACCUCGACUCCGGUCCUGCACAUAACACCCUCUCACUCUGACGCUCUGUUGUUCUCCUUCUCCUCCUCACCCAUCGACUGCGGAAUGGGAAAGCGUUGCACUUCCAUCUGUCCUAGCCAUGAUGGAAGCGACGCAGGCUCGCCGCACUCCGCGGCAGAGCGGCUUGGGGCGAUUUGAUACCUCGCCUUCCAACGAGUACUCACACUUGAUCUUUGUCCUGUAUAGCCCCAAUGCCGGGGUCUCAUCGUCUUGAGACUAUUGGAGUAACAGCAGCACCAAAGCUGCUCUUUCUAUGCUCUGUUCCGCGUAUAUACAUUUCAACAUCCACAGAACCUAAUCAUGGCAAUGCAACACCUCGCCCCAGAACUUCUCGUCCGCGUUUUCGAAUCCCUCUCCUCCGUCUCAGAUAUCAUCAACCUGUCUCUGACCUGUCGCUAUUUCUACGAAAUCCUCCCAAAAUCGCAAAAGCUGGCACUCUUCUUCAGCACAAUAGAUGAAACAGAUGGUCCAGUCGAAGAUAUUAUACAACUCCUGACCCAAAACAACAACCAAAUGCUACAUAUUCGGCGAUCUCCGCCUCUGUCUUUUGCCUUGCUCUCGCAAGUCACGGCCGUUGCCCGUGUGGCACAGCGAUACGUGGACCUAUUCCCCGCCUUCAAGUGGCUGGAGGCAGAGAGCGUCAACCGAAGAGUUCUCGACCGCUACGAAGCCCGUCGACUACGUCGCGCAGUUUACCGACUAUGGAGCUACGCCAAAGCAUUCAAUCAAUUUCCUUAUCGCACCGCUCGCACCGAUGCAACAGCCACUGCGGAACGACUUCAGCUCCUGCGCACGUGGUCGAACGACGAACUCUUUGAGCUAGAGGAUUUCCGUGGUCUGCUCGAGCAGCUGCUCGCCACGGACAUCUGUCCUACUGACGGAGAAGUGUAUUCGCGGAUACCCGAUGAUGCACAAAAGUUUCAUCUGUCGUUGCAGUAUCCUUACCUUCGUCCCGUCUCAUCCACCCCGCAAGCAUACGACGAUCUUUUCCACAGUUCCCGUAAUUGUGAUCAUGAUUUGCACAAACCGACAGUCCAGGAACUUCGGAUUAGGCACAUGCAAGGAUGGGGCAGUGAUCUGCAAAACUUCUACCUGAUUCAAUCGUUCUUGAAAUUUUCACCUGCGCAGAUCCUGUGGCUGUUCGACAAUGCAGUGUACCGCGCAGACGUGGAACGAUUUAUCGAGCAACAGACCCACGAUCCGUGCUUCUUCGAGAGUGGAUCCAUGUUUUUCCAAGACUGGGUUACCGUGUUGCAUACGCGAGGUGUAGAUGUGCAACAAGCACGCGAAUCCAUCUGGCAGGAGAAGGCAGGAGUCGUGGUACCCACAUGAUAAGGCAGAGCUCGGAUUGCUUGAUAGAGAACAGCAGGAGCGGAAAAAGCGACCUGCGACUCGCAAGGCUGACGUCUGGAAUAGGCAGGAAAGUACCUACAAACUAGAAUAAAUCAAUUAUUUGAUUGAACUGGAAAUUCUCUGACGUUGCAAAGUACAUACAAAGCACAAGUCCCUUC